AGAAAGAGAGGAGAGAUGGGAAGAGGGGAUAAAAAAAUGGAAAGACGCAUUCCAUUGCCGUGAACUUCCCUUGAUAGCCUCACCAUUUAAUAGCCGUUAGAGUAGAAUUUCAAAAAAAACAAAGGACUAAGGAGAGCUUCACCGCCACUCCAUUUCCCCUGAAGAUAGUUCAAGUGUUAGAGCGGGCGAGCGAGCGAGCGAGCAAGCAAGCGCCUGCAAUCAUGGCCAUCCUCAACCUCCCUUAGAAAAAUAUAUGAGGAAGCCCCCACAAGCCCUUCUCCCUGCCCCCUUGUUUUCUCCUUCGGAAAUGAUCGCCUUAAUCUAAUGGAGAGACCCCGCUUUCACCAACCAGAGGACCCCAAGAAGCACUACUGUCUUUCGUUAGCCACCUGCGGAGCCUCCAACCUCAUCCCUCUUUCCCUUUUUCGGCUUCUGGCUCUCUACUAGAUUGCUCCGAUUAAGGGACGAGUGCGGCACCGGGUAGCUUCUCUCUAUUUGAGGGAAAAGGUGGUGCUCAGAAUGGAUGAUGGAAAGGAGAAGGGUGGUGUUGGCGAUCAUGGUCAUGGGUCGGAAGAUAUUGGGGGAGAGGGCGAGUCCUUUAGCGACUCGGCGGAAGAUGAGUGCCAUGGGAGUAGUUCGAGCUCUGAGACUUCGUCCAGUGAAGAGUCACGAGGCCUUAGCAGUUCCGAGGAAUCAUCCAAGAAGCAUUCGGCAUCGUUGGGUUGGCCAAUGCAGAACCGCAAAACCUCUGAAAUAAUAGGCAAUGUGGAGAAAAGUCGUGAGGAAAAUAGUGGAAUGGAUAAGCUGAAGCCCAACAUUUCAGUAGAUAUCGAGAUGAUGAAGGAGAGGUUUGCCAAGUUGUUGCUUGGAGAAGACAUGUCAGGCUCUGGGAAAGGGGUCUGCACCGCAUUGGCCAUUUCGAAUGCUAUAACUAAUCUCUGUGCCACUCUCUUUGGGCAGCUUUGGAGGUUGGAGCCUUUACCUCCCGAGAAGAAGUCAAUGUGGCGAAGAGAAAUGGAGUGGCUUCUCUGUGUUAGCGAUCACAUAGUCGAACUGGUACCCACUUGGCAAACAUUUCCUGACGGAAGCAAGCUGGAGGUCAUGACUUGCAGACAACGAUCUGACCUAUAUGCCAAUCUUCCAGCACUGCGCAAACUAGACAAUAUGCUUCUUGAAAUAUUGGACAGCUUUAGUGAUACAGAGUUUUGGUAUGCCGAUCAAGGAGUGCUUGCAAACGAGUCUGAUGGGUCGGCCUCUUUCCGUGGAACUCUUCGUCGUCAAGAAGAGAAGUGGUGGCUGCCUGUGCCUCGUUUACCUCCUGGCGGUCUCCAUGAGAAGACGAGAAAGCAAUUGCAGCACAAACGUGAGUGCGCAAACCAAAUCUUGAAGGCUGCAAUGGCUAUCAACAGCAAUGCUUUGGUUGAAAUGGAGGUUCCUGAGUCGUAUCUCGAGUCCCUUCCAAAGAAUGGAAGAGCAUGCCUAGGCGAUGUGAUAUAUCGCUAUAUCACUUCGGAUCAAUUUUCCCCUGAAUGCCUUCUCGAUUGCCUUGAUUUAUCCUCCGAGCACCAAGCUCUAGAGAUUGCCAAUCACGUCGAGGCAUCAAUUUAUGUAUGGCGUCGGAGAACGUUUGCCAAAUCUACGAAUAAUACAAAUCGAACCAACACUAGAUCAUCAUGGGGUAUGGUCAAGGAUAUCAUUACGGAUGCUGAGAAAAGAGAGUUGCUCGCUGAUAGAGCCAAGUGCCUCUUGCUAUGUUUGAAGCAGAGGUUCCCUGGUCUGACACAAACAACCUUGGAUAUGAGCAAAAUCCAAUUCAACAAGGAUUUUGGAAAAUCCAUUCUGGAAAGCUAUUCCAGAGUCUUGGAGAGCCUCGCGUACAACAUUGUUGCUCGCAUUGAUGACCUGCUUUGUGCUGAUGACUUGACCAAACAUUCGGACCAGUAUUCGUCAUCGAUUCACGCAGUUGGUGUCGCUUCUCACAAGAAAGUCCCAGUUCCAUGCUUGGUGCCCGUCUCAGGCACUCCAUAUGCGACUGCUUAUGCCACACCAAGCUUCUUGCCCACACCUUCAAUGAGUCCAGUGCUGGGAGAGAGGUCUCCAUUGAUCAGCAGAAAGUCUCAUACUCGUGGAUAUGGCGUGAAGAAAGUUCUGACAAAUUAUCUCGGAGUUGAGGUGAAGGGAAAAGAGACUAGCAGCAGAGCUGAGGUAUCAGCACCGAUUUCAGGCGUCAGUCUAGAAGCCUGAGCGAGCUUCUCUUUCACAAAACAAUAGGGACUCGGAAAGCCGGCAGGACCUCGCUAUAUUAAUUAAUUAGGUCGUUGACUUGCCAUAAGAUUCGAGGUGAUCUUGUGAAAAAGAAGAUUAUGAUGAUGGUUCUCACGAGGGUUGCAAAAACAAAUGCUAUCCUGACAAUUUCGUAUUCCACUAAGCUAGCUCAGCAUCUGGUGUGCUGUUCUUGUAGUGAUUGAUGAGCAGUGUUAUUAUUUACACAUCACAAGGUUUUUGUAACAGUUUCCAAUAGUAUUUGCUUGAUUUUUUUUUUUAUUAAUAGGAAUUGUAUCUUUUGCAGCUGUACGUGUGUCGCAUUUUAUAUAAAAUUUACGUUACGUUGGAAA